ACUGCCUUUCCUGAUCGGUGGGAGGAUCCUAUGUUUGUCUGUCCUGUUUCUUAGCACCCUCUAUGUAGGCUAAUUUACCGAAUACUGCAGCAAGGGUGUCACGAUCCAGAGAGAAGGAAGGCAAAUCGGGAGUAAAAUCUGAACAGCGGCCAGAAGAGAGUAAUGGCAGCCAUUAGGAAGAAGCUGGUGAUCGUGGGGGAUGGAGCCUGUGGAAAGACUUGUCUUCUCAUCGUCUUCAGUAAAGACCAGUUCCCCGAGGUCUACGUGCCCACAGUGUUCGAGAACUACAUCGCUGACAUCGAGGUUGAUGGCAAACAGGUGGAGCUGGCGCUGUGGGAUACAGCCGGCCAGGAGGACUACGACAGGUUGAGGCCUCUCUCCUACCCCGACACAGAUGUCAUCCUCAUGUGCUUCUCUAUCGACAGCCCUGACAGUUUAGAAAACAUCCCGGAGAAGUGGACCCCUGAGGUGAAGCACUUCUGCCCCAACGUUCCAAUCAUCCUGGUGGGCAACAAGAAGGACCUGAGGAACGACGAACACACACGGAGGGAGCUGGCCAAGAUGAAGCAGGAGCCAGUGAAGCCAGAGGAGGGCCGGGACAUGGCUAACCGUAUCAGUGCCUUUGGCUACCUGGAGUGUUCAGCCAAGACCAAGGAUGGCGUGAGGGAGGUUUUUGAGAUGGCCACCAGGGCGGCGCUGCAGGUGCGCAAGCGCAAGAAGAGGGGUGCCUGCCUGCUGUUGUGAGGAGGAGGAGGAAGACCUCAGUCGUCAACUGACAAAACAACAACAUAUAUAUAUAUAUAUACGCAGGACUGACCUUUUACCAAAUGGCAUCUUUGUACUGUAUCUCAUUUCACGCUAAAGAGGUUGGUGGCCGAAAGUGCUGAACGUAAAAUAACAAGGAAAAGGACUGGUCUGUAACACAGGUUAGAAAUUAGUGUUUAAACUUCUCAGCUUUGUUUUUGUUUGUUAUGCUUAUUCCAUGCAAUGGGUACACUGUCAUUCGUCUAGUUUUUCCACAGCCGUCUUUUUUUUCCCCUGUCGCUUUUGAGAAGAUAAUAAAUGCACAUGUAUUUGUAUGCAAAAAUAUUUGGCUGUCCUUCCCUGGCCUGUACAGUCGGUCAACAGAGCUUGUGUUGUCAACAUGUCAACAUUCCUGUUGGAAUCAGGACUCACCCUAACUCUUGUUCAUUUGUAACCCGUCCUGUCCACUAGCAUAGAUUCUAUGGUAAGAGGGUCUACUUUCCAGGGGAGAGGUUUUGUUCUUUAGAACCAGUGCCUUUUUUAAAAAGUUAUUUUUCAAGUCCUUGCAUACCACUAAGUAAUGCUCCUCCUGACCUGUUGGUCAACUCACUAGCAGGGGAGCGGAGGGCCUCCCCAUGUUAAUUAUACACAGUAUGUAUUGUAAUGCAAUCUGAGCUUUGCUGCAUGUAACCUAGGCUUUGAGGGCUGUCGACAACUAGCCGCAAGAAACGACUUCAAAGUUCAUUUUACAUAGGAGAAAGCAUCAGCUAGUCUGUAUUAACUGAAAUCAGUCCCCCCCACCCUGGGGGUAGUCAGAGCACCUCAUGGCACUGUAACAUGACCCUACAGAUAUGUGUGCAGAGAAGUCCAUCCGCCCCCUCAAAUAAGGUCUGGAUUGAACAGCUGUUCCACAGUCGUUCUGAACACCUGUACAGAGAUGCUUGACUAUCCCACAUAAACAGAAGCUAACAUGACUUUAAAGUACCACCGCACCAGGACGUGACAAGUUAAAACAGGUGUCGCAUGAUGAUUAGGGGAGCAUGGUCUACAGUAGCUACAGUAGGUUUGUAUAAGUUGACACAAUCCUCUUUUUAGAAUGAGAAUGCCAAUGUAUUUGUCACAAGGCUGGAGCUACUGGGGUAUGGGGGGGACUGACUGACUGACUGGUGGAUCCUGCCUUGAGAUCCUGUCAGGGUUGACUGGCCUGGAGAUUUCCAGUCUGACUGCAUUCUGAUGAGCCACAUGAGUGUUUUUCAGUGCCUUCUCUUUCCUGGUAACCUGUGCGACUUUAGCGUUCCCUUCCCCGAGAGCCGAGCAGAGACUGGACCGGUUGCUCAAUGCCAACACACCACAGCCAGUCAACUUUGACACCUCUGUCAUGUUGCACAAAGUUCAGCACUCACUCACCCAGCCAUAACGAAUGUCAGGGGGAAAUGAUGCUUGACAAAUUAAGAGUUUUUUUCAAGGUACACUUUGCCACAGCGUUCCGCAAAACAUACCUGGUUGAAACCCCAGUUAGAAUUCGAUCAUCCAUAGAUGAGAUCUCUUCAGCUCGGUGGUUGAUUGUAUUUCAUUUGAGGAAGGAAACUCCCAGUGUGCUUUGCCUGAUUUUUCAGGAACUGGUUUGUCAAUUCUCAGUUUGUUCUGGCUUGGCGCUAUUUGACAAGAAGGCAAGACCUGAAUAAUUUUUUUUGAGCGAGAGAGACUUCUGUUGGCUGCCAAGAAAGUCCCCACACAAUUCUCUCACCCUACCUGUCGCACAGCUAAAAUGACGUACUCUGCACUGUGUUACGUUAACAGUAACGUUUGGAGGGUGUGCUACAGUUGGAAAUUACUUUUGCAUUCGGACAUGAUUUCUUGUCUUCUGUCUUUAUUUUUUUAUAUUGCACUGCUGAGAACAAUAAAAUGCAUCGGGGUUGCUGAAGUCA